GAUCUUACCGCGAAACUAGGAGUAAAGUUAGUGCCGGUAAAUGAGGCAAAAUGAAUUUCGUUCUUCCCGGUGCGAACGUGAAAUUGCUGGCGCGUGCUGUUAACAGUUUCUCCAAAAUCGGCAACGAACUGUACCUGGAAGCCACUCGGGGUGGGCUCGAGUUGAAGACGAUCAAUUCAACCAACACCGCGUACGCGGUUGUACUGUUUCAGGAUGGGUUUUUCAGCAGCUAUAGGCAAGGAGCCAACGACACGCCGGAGGAGAACUGUUGCAAGCUAUCGAUGAAGCCCAUUUUGACGAUUUUCAAAGGAUUGUCUAAGGUGCUCACCUGUAGCGUGUGGCUGGAUGUUGACCAAUCGCGACUCAUUUUCCAAUUUCGAUGCAAAUUGGAAGUGACGAAGACGUAUCGAAUCUUUCUACUCGACAGCGAACACAUUAACGCUCUCAAUCUGCAACAGCAGUUCCCGAGCCAAAUCGUUGGCAGCCACCGAGUUUUCUCCAGCGUGUUGUUACAUCUUAACAACUCGGUUGUGGAAGUAGCGUUCGAUCUGAAGGGGGAUAAAACGGUGGUUUCCAACUUCGUGGAAGAGCACGAUCGGUCCACCCUAAGGUCCACGCUGGCCAUACCUACCUCCGCCUUUCUGUCCUACCAGUUAAAUCAAAGUGCCAAUCUCAUAUUUUGCUACAAAGAGUUCAAGGCGGUCACAAUGUUUGCGGCGCUGAGCAAAUUGAACAUUACAAUGAGCUUUUCUGAAGCCGGUGCCCCAUUGAUGCUGGAGUUGAGCAAGCCGGGAGUGAUGCAGGCCAAGAUUGUGAUGGGCACGUUGCAGCCAGCAGAAUCACGCCACAAGCGGAAGCAGAAGCGCCAGCCUGCCGAUCGCGCAGCCGUCCAUCGGACGGCUUCAGCUGAAAGCAGUGCCAUCAACUCGUGUCUAACGGACGAUAUAACGCACAACACUGAAGCAGCUGGCACUGACCAGUACAGCGGUAACAGUGAUAGCGUUCUCCAUAGGGCAUCCUUACGAGAACCAGAGAAACGGAAUGGUAUCGACAGCGGUGCUGUAAGAAAAUCAUUCAACCAAAACCAAUCACCGGUCGCAGGCAGUAGCGGUAUGUUGCGAGACGUAGCUCAAACCCAUCGCCAGAGAAUGAUAAACUCUAACUCCGCCACGGAUUCGGACACUCUCUUUGCCGGACGAAAUUGCACGGUCAAUGAUGUACGACAGAGCGACGAUACCGUGGAAACGUGUGAUCUUGGUGAGGAGUAUAACGCUAGCAACUCAGUCCUAUCCCGAAAGCGACCGAAACCCAACAGUCCGGCGGAUGGGGCGCAGUUUCCCGAAUGCAUUCCCGAAUCACCCGAGGUGAUUGAGGAAAGGAAACGAAAGCAGGCCAAACUGCGACACAUCUUUCGCCGUUGUUUUGAGCCAACGUUUGAUCCGAACAUGCAAUCUGGUUGCAGUCGAAUACUAGCCCCAAAUUCGGACUCUGAAGAGGAAUUAUAAAUUUACUGUCAGUGGACACUGUUUUUGAAAUACAAAUAUUCCAUCUCAA